AUGGGAUCCGAAUGCCUUGUUCUGGGUCUCUUCGGUCAAAUUGUGAUCGGUCCACCGGGCAGUGGUAAAUCGACCUACUGUGCUGCAAUGCAAGAAUUUCUCACAGAACUGGGCAAAGUGGUGGUUGUGAAUCUUGAUCCCGCCAAUGAGGAGUUACCAUACAGCUGUGAGGUGGAUUUGCGCGACCUCAUCACUUUGGAUGAUGUGAUGGAGGCGCUGCAAUUGGGUCCAAAUGGUGGACUUCUCUACUGCAUGGAGUAUCUUUAUGCUAAUCGCCAGUGGCUCGCUGACCGCCUGCGUCUUUUCAGGCAGCAGUCGGCCAAGACAUACCUCAUCUUCGACUGUCCCGGUCAAGUGGAGUUGUAUUGCAAUAACACGGCCUUCCGCAAGCUUAUCACUUUCCUCACUUACUCAUCCUCUGCAUCGAAUGGCAGCCCCUCGGAACCUGCUGCGGGAUUAGGCCUACGGUUGGCUGUAGUGCACCUAGUAGAUUCACACUACUGUACCGAUGCGGGUAAAUUCAUCUCGGUGCUCCUCACUUCCCUGGUAUCCAUGCUACAGCUCUCCCUACCUCAUGUUAACGUGUUGAGCAAAAUCGACCUUGUUGAGCUCUACGGACGACUUCCUUUCAAUCUGGAUUUCUUUGCUGAGGUCCUGAAUCUCUCUCACCUCGUUGAACAGUUAGAGGAUGAUUUGUUCUUUGCAAAAUACAAAAGGAUGAAUCAAGCCCUGGCUGACCUUGUGCAGGACAGGUCUCUUAUCACCUUCCAGCUUUUGAACGUCCAGGAUCGGGCACUGCUCCAGCGGGUGCUACAGUGUUCAGACAAGGCAAAUGGUUAUGUUUUUGGUGGUGAAGAACAGCAUUCGCUGCAGGCGUUACUCUCCUGUGCUGCCGGUAUUGAAUUCGCCGGUGAUCUCGUUUGCAUGGCUCAAGAACGCUACACCUCCCGACCUCUUCCAAAGGAUUGA